AUCUACAUCCGGUGCGCUGGGGGACGGCGCCGUGGAGUUGGGUGACUGGCGGACAUCUUGGAGCUGCGGCCGGAGGGAGCGGGUCUGCGGCGGCUUUGUAACUGCGGCUCCUUCGAUCCUGCGUUUGACACAGCCGGCUGAAGGGGGAAACCUUCUUCCACACUCACCAUGACUGAUUCUAAAUAUUUCACAACCACCAAGAAAGGAGAAAUCUUUGAACUGAAAGCAGAACUCAACAGUGACAAGAAGGAGAAAAAGAAAGAAGCAGUGAAGAAAGUGAUUGCGUCAAUGACCGUUGGCAAAGAUGUCAGUGCCCUCUUUCCUGAUGUUGUAAACUGUAUGCAGACAGACAAUUUGGAGUUGAAGAAGCUAGUGUACCUCUAUCUAAUGAACUAUGCAAAGAGCCAACCAGAUAUGGCAAUUAUGGCUGUCAACACUUUUGUUAAGGACUGUGAAGAUCCCAAUCCACUUAUCAGAGCGCUGGCCGUGAGAACAAUGGGCUGCAUCCGUGUGGAUAAAAUUACUGAGUAUUUGUGUGAGCCCCUGCGAAAAUGUCUAAAGGAUGAAGACCCUUAUGUACGAAAAACUGCUGCGGUCUGUGUAGCCAAGCUACAUGACAUCAAUGCACAGCUGGUAGAAGAUCAGGGAUUUCUGGACACUCUAAAGGAUCUGAUAUCUGACUCCAAUCCAAUGGUGGUUGCAAAUGCUGUGGCUGCUCUGUCGGAGAUUGCAGAAUCUCAUCCAAACAGCAACUUGUUAGACCUCAAUUUUCAGACAAUCAACAAGCUUUUAACAGCCUUAAAUGAAUGUACUGAAUGGGGCCAGAUAUUUAUCCUUGAUUGCUUAGCCAAUUAUAGCCCAAAGGAUGACCGAGAAGCUCAAAGCAUCUGUGAGCGUGUGACGCCACGUUUAUCUCACGCCAACUCAGCUGUUGUCCUGUCGGCUGUUAAGGUUCUGAUGAAAUUCAUGGAGAUGCUUUCAAAGGACUUGGAUUACUAUGGCACUUUGUUGAAGAAACUGGCUCCCCCACUGGUAACGUUGUUGUCUGCAGAACCAGAGCUCCAAUAUGUUGCCCUCCGGAAUAUCAACCUCAUUGUACAGAAAAGGUCUGAGAUUCUUAAGCAUGAAAUGAAGGUUUUCUUUGUAAAAUACAAUGAUCCAAUAUAUGUGAAACUGGAAAAACUGGAUAUUAUGAUUCGAUUGGCUUCUCAAGCCAACAUUGCACAGGUUUUGGCAGAAUUGAAGGAGUAUGCCACUGAAGUAGAUGUUGACUUUGUACGAAAAGCUGUGCGUGCAAUUGGACGAUGUGCAAUUAAAGUUGAGCAAUCAGCAGAACGCUGCGUGAGUACGCUACUUGAUCUCAUUCAGACAAAAGUAAACUACGUCGUCCAAGAAGCUAUUGUAGUAAUAAAGGACAUUUUCCGUAAAUAUCCAAACAAGUAUGAAAGUGUUAUUGCAACACUCUGUGAAAAUCUGGACUCAUUGGAUGAACCAGAAGCAAGAGCAGCGAUGAUAUGGAUAGUUGGAGAGUAUGCAGAAAGAAUUGACAAUGCUGAUGAGCUAUUAGAGAGCUUCCUGGAAGGAUUCCAUGAUGAGAGCACACAGGUUCAACUACAACUUUUGACGGCUAUUGUGAAACUAUUCUUAAAAAAACCGACUGAGACACAAGAACUGGUGCAGCAAGUUCUAAGCUUGGCCACACAGGACUCUGACAACCCUGAUUUGAGAGACCGUGGCUAUAUAUACUGGCGUCUACUUUCUACAGAUCCAGUGGCAGCAAAAGAAGUUGUAUUGGCAGAAAAACCUCUGAUUUCAGAAGAAACUGAUCUUAUUGAGCCAACGCUCCUUGAUGAAUUAAUCUGCCAUAUUGGAACACUGGCCUCUGUGUACCAUAAGCCACCCAGUGCAUUUGUGGAAGGCAGCAGAGGUGUUCAACAUAAGAGGCUACCACCACGAUCUGGAUCAAAUGAAAGUACUGAGAGUCCUGAAGUUGCUGCAUCUGCUGCACCCCAGCCUACUGAGCAACAGCCUGCUGUUAUUCCAUCCCAGGGGGAUCUUCUGGGUGAUCUUUUGAAUCUUGACCUUGGCCCUCCUGUCAAUGUACCUAUCCCCUCUUCAACAGUGCAGAUGGGAGCCAUGGACCUUCUUGGUGGCGGGUUGGACAGUUUGAUGGGCGAUGAAACUGAAGGGCUUGGUGGUGAUCUAGGCGGAAGUCCAGCAAUUGGCGCUGGUUAUGGGACCCCAGCAGUGAUGCCGACAUCCUUGAAUGCAACGGUAGGAGGCGGCUUAGGUGACUUGUUUGAUCUUGCCGGUGGUAUAGGCGUCUCAUCUGGUUCCUACGUGGCACCUAAAACUGUUUGGUUGCCUGCUGCAAAGGCCAAAGGUCUUGAAAUUUCUGGCACAUUUUCACGUCGCAUGGGUCAUAUUUACAUGGAUCUCUCCCUGACGAACAAAGCCAUGCAAGUAAUGACUGACUUUGCAAUCCAGUUUAAUAAAAAUAGCUUUGGAAUAAUACCAGCUGCUCCCCUGCAGGUCAAUGCACCACUUACACCCAAUCAGACAAUUGAGGCUUCUCUCCUUUUGCACACAGUUGGUCCGGUUAUGAAGAUGGAUCCACUCACCAACCUACAGGUUGCAGUGAAAAAUAAUAUUGAUGUCUUCUACUUCAGCUGCCUGUACCCAAUUAAUAUCUUGUUUCUGGAAGAAGGAAAACUAGAUCGACAGAUAUUUUUGGCAACAUGGAAGGACAUUCCAAAUGAAAAUGAAGUACAGUUUCAAAUCAAAGACUGUCAUCUCAAUGCAGAUGCUGUCACUGAUAAGCUCUUUAACAAUAACAUAUUUACUGUUGCAAAGAGAAAUGUUGAAGGGCAAGAUAUGUUGUAUCAGUCCCUAAAACUAAGCAAUGGAAUCUGGGUUUUGGCAGAGCUAAGGAUCCAACCCGGCAACCCCAAUUACACGUUAUCGUUGAAGUGCAGAGCCCCAGGGGUAACCCAACAUGUUUUCCAAGCAUAUGAAAUAAUUUUGAAGAAUUAAGCUAUUUGAUCACCUGUCUGGCAGAAGAUCUCAGCAUCUUAUGUGUUAAAUUUUCUUUAUUUCAGAAGCCUAUAAGCACUGAUAUGGACAGAAUUUAUAAAAAUGUGACACCUUGGUGCCACUGAAGAGGUUACAUUAUUGUGAAGGGUAUUUAUUGUAUACUCAAGAUCUGAGUAUAUUAACCCAUUGACACUAAAGUCUAUUGUACAAUCUUAGUAUAUCUAAAUCCAUUAUUCUGCUAAUAACUAGCUUUAAAUACAAGAUUCAUAUAUUUACAACGUUGAUUUGUCUCAGAAACCAGUCACAUGAAUAUAAUGUACUAUCAUGACAUGGUGAAUUGCCAGGUAUGUGAAGAGGCUGUAUGCCACCAUUCCAGCUAUUGGGUAAUCGUCCUUGUUUAAAUUUGUAUCUUCCUCAUGAUGUGUGAUGUAACUUUGAAAUUUUGUGGUAUGACAUUUUGUGUAUUUGUACACUAGUAAUAUUGGUUCAUGCUGAUAAUAUAUUGCUUUGGGCCCCAACAUUGCCAAUAUGGUGUUGAUCAGUAGUCAUAUCAGAAAUAAACUGGAACUUGUGGGGAAAAAGUAUCCAGGUGGCUGAUUUGAAUGUGUAAUAAAAUGUCAUUUUUAAUUUUUAUUUUAUAUCAUGAUUACCUGAUGAUGCAUCAAAAUUGGAAAGAAUUCUCAAUCAAGCAUUCAUUUUGGGCUCAUUGUUCUUAUUUUAAGAUGUCUUGCACAGUAAUGUACAUUCUAAUUACAAAGUUAAUUAUACUAUUGGAAUGUAAACUUGAGUAAACCGAAACCUAAAUGCAGUGACAUAAUUGGAAAAUACACUGAGUUGCUGUUAAAUCUGCCAUGUCACAUUACUCUCAACUUGGUUGCCUCUUUUCCUUUAUUAUUACUGUGCAAAGUAACAUAUUGCCCAUUGGGAACAUUAUUUCUGCUGCACUAUCUAUUUGAACAUAGAAGGUACUGAGAACAUUUUGUUUAAGAAUUCUGCAGAACUUUUUUUUCAGUCACAAGAAUCUUUCAAAGAGGUAUUUAACGAGUUUAGAGUAUCCAUGGCCUAACUAUUGGAGAUAAAGACUGGGCAGAGGAUUAUUAACAUAAAUCUCAAAAAUCUGUACAAGAUCAGCUUUUGUGUGUGACAUGGAACAGCAAAUUGUUUUUGAAAUUCAUAUAUAUUAUUUUGACUCAAGACCAUGAUAAAUUAGAUAAGAUUUUUCUUGAAGUGCUGAAGUAGAGGAAAUUGCGUGCCUUGGAAAAUAAGGGUGAAAAGUGGCUUUGGGUUUAGGGCUGGAGUUGUGUUGGGACUGGGGCUUAGCUGUGAUUAGAAUAUACAUUAACACUCACUUUUAAUUUCUGUGAGGUAGAACCUUCAAUUAAUGAAGAAAUAAAUGAUAAAGCUAUCCGGCUUUGAAUUAUUCAUUAACCACUUCAAAGUGUUCAAAACCAUAUAUAUCCGAGAGAAAAUAUUGGGUGCCAUAGUACAAAGGAAGAAUUAGAGUUUCUCUAGAUGAACAGAUCAAGUGGACCAAAUGACUUUCCUCUCAUUAGCUUGAAGUGUAAAAUUUCAACCAUACAAUAUGGAAAUAUGGGUAAACACAGUGGAAAAACAAAAGUCUGGCCUGCAACGAGGCCUCCUUUUAGAGGAAGGGCUGUGGGAAGAAAACAGUUUCAAGGAAGAAUAAUAUUUAUGUCUUAAUUUAGUUUCAGGGAGAUAAUUUUGUAGAAGUAUGUCAGUUUUCAUGGCUAACAAUAUUUUUUACAGACCAAAUUGAAAAGCAUAUCAUGUUUUGAAAAUUAACAAUUGUUGAUCGAUCCCUAUAUAUGCUUGUUAUACCAAAACUAACUUUUGAAAGAAGGUGGGAAGGAAAAUUAAUCUGGUGGAAAAAAUAUAAGCUGCAAAUAUUUUAUAUCAGCCAAGUGACCAGUCUUCACAAUCUCCAAAUGUGCUUGGUCGGAACUAGUCUACUCUGAGCCUGUUAUUUACCCAGAUUAUAGCUUGAUAUUUUUCUGCAAGGGCAUAGUGGACCUUUGGAACUGGUUAUUGGCUCCUGCGAGAAUGCUAAUUUGUUGAACUACUUUAAUGAUAGGAUGUUUCAUACUAGGGUUGAGGUGACAUCAUAAAGCUGGAUUCUGUAUGACAUUGUUGGCGAAAAUGAACCAAGAUGAAUUAUCAAGAUUUUUAUCCUUAACUGACCUGGGUUUUAUUUUUUAACCAAGGUAUUAAAUGUUCUUUGCAAGGAGCAUGAAGUGUGUAUUUUGUGAUGCACAGGCAUUAUAGUUCUGUGAGACCAAUUGCAUGGACAGUCUGCCUUUGUUCAUGUGUGCAUAUUUGCUGCUGGUCAUCCUUUAAUCUCGUUUUUAUCUACAACAUUCCCUAAUGACUUUUAAAGAUUCAAAGUGUAUAUGCAGUUUACAACCCUGAGAUUCAUCUUCUCACAGACAGCCACAAAACAAAGAAACACCAUGGAAGCUGUUAACAGAAAAACAUCAAAUCCCCAACACGCGAAAAAAAAAGGAUAAAUCACACAAAGGACAAAAUAAAUGAGCAAAAAACACGGAAUAUAAAACACCAAACCACAAAGUCAUCAAAAGAGUCCAGGUAUGUUCAGUUCAGCCCAACCCAGCGCUGUGUCCCCAGACCGCCCAGAUCAAAAUAGCAACAAUAAAAAGAAGCAACCAGAAACACAUCAUAAUGUGAAUUACUGAGCCUGAGCCUGACCCACGAACUCUGGGAGGAGAGAGAUCAUUCAUACACAUGGACCCUUCUGGCAGCGGCAUUCGAGAGGGAGAGAGACCCCUUUGCUCAGUCACCUUCCUCCGGGAACAGCGAGAAAGAGGAAAACGGACCAGUCACCCACAGGUAGUCGGCGCUGAACACCACCCCCCCCCCCCCCGCCUUCUGCUCUCAUUUUCGUUGGUUUCAAACUUCCACGAUGCUUUAAUCGGCAAGAAAUGGAGUGGAUCACUGGCUUGUGCCCCAUCUCCAAGCUGCCACACGCUUCACUCGAAACCUCACCAAGCUCCCGCAGAGACAGCAAAGUGCCAGAGCAACACCACCAAAAUGUAGAUAACAGGCUCCAACAGUCGCAGAACCACACUUGAAAGAAAUAGAAUUGAAAGUAGUUUUGUGGACUUCCUUUGUUAAUCUCAGCCUUCCCUUCAACCUACUCCUCUGUAUAUUUAAUUAUAACCAAAUCAUUUCAAACAAUGCCUUCCUCAAAGUUAGCUCCAAACUUAUCCCAAUGAUCUAUUCCUGGUGCGUUUUACCCUUCUCUUGAUUGCACCUGAAGUUAUGGGUCCAUCUUCCAUGUAAAGGCUGACAAAGUCUAGUUUUCUGUCUUAACAGCUCACAAGCUUUUUUCCCCUGUAUACUUACAGUAAGUUUGUUUUCUUAAUGUGAACACUGGGAAGACCAAAGUCAAACUUUGCAUGCCCAGGUCCACCUUCACGAUGACAAUCUGUUUUGGCCUGAGAGAGUGUUUGCAGCCUUGGUUUCCUGAUGUGCCUAACUGAGAUAACAACCCAGUUAUCCUUUCAUAAAGUCUGCUUGCAUAUUUAGUUCUUCCUCAGUCCAUCUGUUCAUGUCAGGCACAGCUGUUGCACAUCCCUCCCUUCUGCUACCUCAGUUUCACUUCGUACCAUUCUACAGUAUCCUAUGCCACACUAAGUAUUACUAUCCUUGAUGUACUGUAUUUGGCUACAAUUUUCCUAUAUUAAAUACCAUUGUGAUCUUGCCUCUUCCCUCUGAUAUCUUACAGUCAAGGAUUUAUUUGCAGCAGCAUUCUGCCAUCUGGAACCAAUGCUGUAAAAUUUCUUAAAUCCUUGCCUCUCUCCCCUCCAUUAAGGUCAUCCUCAGCACCCAUCUAUGUUUACAAAUGCAUUUAAUAUUCCCUUUGAUUUAGUGUCAUUCUUUUGAAAUUCCCCUGCUCAUAGACAUAAACUAAUUUUUCAGACAGUGAAUUCUUUUUCAGGGUUACUAUAUUAAAUUAUUUCUACAAGAUGAUUAUAAUGUAAAAUAUGAUUGAUCAGAAAUUGCCACAAAUCCAUUCAAUCCUAUUUUGAAGAUUGCAUUUAUGCAGUCACUCAAAUUGGAAGUCGCAGUUAAAGGAUACCACUUAGCAAGCACAGGUUUUCAAAGUGAUUUUGAUGAGACUGAACGAGGAAAGGAAAUCUCUUAUCUGAAUUGAUUACCAAAUUACACAGUCAGUAAGUGGAUAAUAAAGUGCAAAGUGAGCAGGAGCACCUCAUUUAUGAAGUUGAAAGAUUAAGAUUAGCCUAAGGAAGUAGGAAUUCAGGAUAAUAUUUAACUCACCAGAGGUUGCAGAAUCCUUAUGAACUUUUUUAAGAAUGGGGAAAGUUGUGCUUGAAAUAUUUAACACAAUUGGGAAUGUAGUUAGGAUGCAUUUUGUUAAGGUUAUAUACAGUUGCAAAAGAAGUUUGUGAACCCUUUGCAAUUACCUGGUUUUCUGCAUUAAUUACUCAUAAAAUGUGGUCUGAUCUUCAUCUAAGUCACAAUAAUAGACAAACACAAUCUGCCUAAACACACAAAAAUGGUACUAGUCAUCAAUACUGAGUACAGCGUUUAAACAAUCGCAGCCUAGGUUCAUAAAAGUUUGAGAACCUCUGCGGUAAUGCCUUCUGCAAAAGCUAUUUGGAGUCAGGUAUUCCAAUUAAUGAGAUGAGAUUGGAGGGUGUGGGUUGUAGAGGUGUCCUACCCUAUUUUUGAAAAAGACACAAAAGUUACUGACAGAGCCUGCUCUUCUCAAGAAAGACCUGUUAAUGUGCACUUUGCCUCGAUCAAAACAACUUUCAGAGAACCUUUAGAAGAAUUGUAGAGAUGCAUGAAGCUGGAAAAGGCUAUAAGAGCACUUCUGAACACUUGAGUGUUGAUCGGUCUACAGUAAGAGAAAUUGUUUACAAUUGGAGGAAAUGCAGUACUGUACUACUUUCUAUAGUGGGUGUUGUGCAAAGAUCACACCAAGAGCACACAUGCAAUGCUGAAGGAGGGGAAAAAGAUCCCAAAGGCAGCAGCUAAUGACCUGCAGAAAUCUCUAGAACUUGCUACAGUCUCUGUUUAUGUAUCCACUAUAAGAAAAACACUGAACAUGGGAGGAUACCACCGCUCUCCAAAAAAAAACGCAUUGCUGCAUGUCUCAAGUUUGCAAAAUGACCACCUGGAUGUCCCACAAUUCCUCUGAGAAUAUGUUCUGAGGACAGGUGAGGCAAAAGUUGAACCUUUUGGCAGAAAUGCCCACUGCCAUGUUUGGAUGAAAAAGGGCACUGCCUGCCAACACCAAAAUCUCAUCCUGGCUGUGAAACGUGGUGGAAGGAGCAUCAUGGUUUGGGCUGCUUUGCUGUCUCAGGACCUGGGUGGCUUGCAAUGUGGAGGGAACAGUGAAUUCAAAAUUGUAUCAAGAUAUUUUACAGGAGAAUGUCAGAAUAGUUGUCUGUAACCUGAAGCUUAAUAGAAGUUGGAUGAUGCAACACGAUAAUGAUCUGAAACACAAGAGUAAAUCAACAACAGAAUGGUUUAAAAUGAAGAAAAUUCAUGUUUUGGAAUGGCCAAGUCAGAGUCCAGACUUUAACCCAAUUGAGAUGUUGUGGUAUGACUUGGAGAAGGCUGUUCAUGCAAGGUAUCCCAGAAAUAUUGAUGAACUGAAACAGUUUUGUGUGGAGGAAUGGUCUAAAAUUCCUCCUUGCCAUUGUGCAGGUCUGAUCGGCAGCUACAGAAAACAUUUGGUGGAGGUUAUUGCUGCUAAAGGAGAUUCUAUCAGUUAUUAAAUAUAAAGGUUCACAUACUUUUCCAACCUGAACUGUGAAUGAUUAAACAAUGUGUUCAAUAAAAACAUGAAAAGUACAAU